AUGGAGAACACAAGAGUGUUCGUGUCUGGGCUGCCGCCCACAUUUACGAAUGAUCAAUUGAGAAACCAUUUUUCCAGUCGCUUCCAGGUCACAGAUGCUCAUGUACUACCAAAGCGCAGGAUUGGCUUCGUCGGCUUCAAAAGCCCGGAGGUUGCCCAACAAGCCGCUUCUUAUUUUAAUAAAACAUUUGUCAAGAUGUCCAAGAUCUCAGUAGAGAUUGCUAGGCCGAUUGACUCCGAGCCUGUCCAGAGGGUAGAGAAGCACAAUAACAACUCGACCUCUAACGAUGCAUCAGCAGGAAACGCACUCAAGCGUAAGCGGGAUGGGGACAAUCCUAAGCAGGAUUCCCAAUUACAAGAAUAUAUUUCUGUAAUAGAGCGCCCGUCGAAAACCAAAACAUGGGCCAAUGGCGAAGACCUGUUCAAUUCAGUUCAGAACAGCACUUCAACAGCUGGGCAGCGCGAUGAUACGACUGAGCCAGUCGAGGAGCCCUCUGACAAUCAGCGGAAGAAGGCGAAAGUGGACGAACAGCGUGUGGUAACUCGUCACGAAGAACCUGAGCCGAUGGUCGUUGACCACACUGGAGAAGAUCGUGAUGAAGCAGCUGCAGAAGUGCAGGAUGGUGCCGGUGCUUCUCAAGAGCAAGAAGAAGCAGAGCUGGUUUCCGACGCCGACUGGCUCCGAUCAAAGACAAGUCGUCUUCUUGGUCUGCUCGAUGAAGACGAGCAGGCUGAAUUCGAUUCCGUCAGCCAUCAGAAAGCCGAGACACCGUCACAGCCACUUGCAAAAUCACAGCCUGAUGCUCCUCGUGUGGAUGAUAUCAAGGCUGAUGUCGAACAACCGGCCGACACACCAGAGGUUGACACAAAUAUCGACAACAUCCGCAUUUCCUCACGACUUUUCGUUCGGAAUCUUCCAUAUGAUGCAAAGGAGUCGGAUCUGGAGCCUAUAUUUUCUAAGUAUGGCAAGGUCGAAGAGAUUCACGUCGCGUUUGAUACAAGGUCUACCACCAGCAAGGGGUUCGCCUACGUUCAGUAUUUCGACGCUGAUGCGGCCGUCCAAGCCUACAAAGAGCUGGAUGGGAAACAUUUUCAGGGUCGCUUGCUGCAUAUUUUGCCGGCAACUGCGAAAAAGACCUAUAAGAUCGAUGAUCAUGAGUUGUCCAAGCUGCCUUUGAAGAAGCAAAAGCAGAUUAAGCGAAAGAUGGAAGCUGCCUCAUCAUCAUUCAGUUGGAAUUCGCUUUACAUGAAUGCUGACGCAGUCAUGUCCUCAGUCGCUGAACGCCUAGGUGUUUCCAAGGCUGAUCUUCUAGACCCCACUUCAGCAGAUGCUGGUGUGAAGCAAGCACAUGCUGAGACGCAUGUCAUUCAGGAGACCAAGGCCUACUUUACUGCGAACGGUGUCAACCUCGACGCGUUCAAGCAGCGGGAACGUGGAAAUACUGCUAUCCUGGUAAAGAAUUUCUCCUAUGGCGUUAAGACUGAUGAUAUCAGGAAGCUCUUCGAGCCAUAUGGCCAACUAACAAGGCUACUGAUGCCGCCUAGUGGCACAAUGGCUAUUGUUGAAUUUUCACGGCCAGAUGAGGCGCAGAAAGCCUUCAAAGGCCUUGCGUAUCGGAAACUUGGGGAUUCGAUUCUUUUCUUAGAGAAAGCUCCAAAGGAUCUCUUUGAGGCGACGGGUGUGCCGCAGAAGCCUGUUCUUGAGACUAAGGCCGUGUCUCAAGGAUUCUCAACCGCUGACACAUUUGCGGCUGAGGAGGCUGACGGACCCGUGGUCGCCUCCACCCUUUUCGUAAAGAACCUUAAUUUCUCCACAACGAACGACAAGUUCGUGGAUCUGUUCCGACCACUGGACGGCUUCGUGUCUGCCAGGAUUAAAACCAAACCUGACCCUAAACGGCCUGGACAAACACUCAGCAUGGGCUUUGGCUUUGUCGAUUUCAAGUCGAAAGCACAAGCCCAGGCUGCUCUUGCUGCGAUGGAUGGAUAUAGGCUCGAUCAGCAUGAACUGGUAGUAAGAGCGUCGAACAAGGCCAUGGAUGCUGCGGAGGAACGAAGACGGGAAGACACCGCGAAGAAGAUCGCAGCGCGGAGAACGAAGAUCAUCAUCAAAAAUUUGCCGUUCCAGGCUACGAAGAAAGAUGUCAGAUCGCUCUUUGGAGCCUAUGGGCAGCUACGCUCCGUACGGGUUCCUCAGAAGUUCGAUCGGUCUGCUCGUGGUUUCGGUUUUGCUGAUUUUGUAAGCGCUCGUGAAGCGGAAAAUGCCAUGGACGCACUCAAGAACACCCAUCUGUUGGGUAGAAGACUGGUGCUGGAAUUCGCGAACGCAGAGGCAAUUGAUGCCGAGCAGGAGAUCCAGCAGAUCGAGAAGAAAGUAGGGGAGCAGCUGGACAGGGUCAAACUGCAAAAGCUCACGGGAACGGGGCGGAAGAAGUUCACCGUAGGGGCGCAGGAAGACGAGGAGCUCUAG